GUCCCCCGUGCAAACCGGGUCGCCCUGACGCCCAACAGCUAGCCCCCCCCAUCAACCCCAAACCUACCCUAUUUAUACCCCCAAAUAUACCAUCCUGCUAAUAACAAACCAUUUUUCCACCUAAGUACGGGCGACGAAAAAGGACCCAAGAGCGACAGAGAAAGUACCGCAAGGGAAAGCUGAAAAAGUAAUGAAACAAUUCAGUAAAGCACUGAGAAGCAGAGACAACCCCUCGUACCUUUUGCAUCAUGAUUUAGCCAGAAAACCUCAAGCAAAAAGCAUUAUAGUUUGAUACCCCGAAACUAAGCGAGCUACUCCAAGGCAGUCUAAUUUAUAGGACCUCCCCGUCUCUGUGGCAAAAGAGUGGGAAGAACUUCGAGUAGAGGUGAUAGACCUACCGAGCCUAGUUAUAGCUGGUUGCCUGCGAACUGAAUAAAAGUUCAGCCCUUCAAAUUCUUCAUUCCAGUUGGUUUAAGACCUUCCCACCGAACAAAAGAAAUUAAAGGAGUUAGUCAAAGGGGGUACAGCCCCUUUGAAACAAAAUACAACUUUCCAAGGAGGGUAAAAAUCAUAACAACUCAAAGGUUAAAUGUUCUAGUGGGCCUAAAAGCAGCCACCUACUCAGAAAGCGUUAAAGCUCGAACAUUACCUAACCAACCUUCUAAUAAAGAUAAUACAAUUUCACCCCCCUAAACCUAUCAGGCCGUUCCAUAAUACUAUGGAAGUGUUUAUGCUAAUAUGAGUAAUAAGAGAAAAUACCUCUCCCCGCACAAGUGUAAUUCGGAACGAACCCUUCACCGACCAUUAACGGCCCCAAAACAAAGAGGGCCCUAGGCAAAAAACAAACAACUAGAAAAACCCCUAGCUUCUCACCGUUAACCCCACACUGGCGUGCAGACCGGGAAAGACUAAAAGAAAAAGAAGGAACUCGGCAAACACAAGCCUCGCCUGUUUACCAAAAACAUCGCCUCUUGAACCCUAAAUAUAAGAGGUCCCGCCUGCCCUGUGACUAUAAGUUUAACGGCCGCGGUAUUUUGACCGUGCAAAGGUAGCGCAAUCACUUGUCUUUUAAAUGAAGACCUGUAUGAAUGGCAUAACGAGGGCUUAACUGUCUCCUUUUUCCAGUCAAUAAAAUUGAUCCCCCCGUGCAGAAGCGGGGAUACUAACAUAAGACGAGAAGACCCUAUGGAGCUUUAGACACCAGAACAGACCAUGUUAAACACCCCUUAAAUAAAGGCUAAAACCAAUUGGCCCCUGUUCUAAUGUCUUUGGUUGGGGCGACCGCGGGGAAACAAAAAACCCCCAUGUGGACCGGGGGCACACCACCCCUACAACCCAGAGUUACAACUCCAAGUAACAGAACUUCUGACCAAUAAGAUCCGGCACAUAGCCGAUCAACGGACCGAGUUACCCUAGGGAUAACAGCGCAAUCCUCUUUUAGAGCCCAUAUCGACAAGAGGGUUUACGACCUCGAUGUUGGAUCAGGACAUCCUAAUGGUGCAGCCGCUAUUAAGGGUUCGUUUGUUCAACGAUUAAAGUCCUACGUGAUCUGAGUUCAGACCGGAGUAAUCCAGGUCAGUUUCUAUCUAUGUUACGAUCUUUUCCAGUACGAAAGGACCGAAAAGAAGAGGCCCCUGUUCUCAAUAUGCCUCCCCCUUAUCUAUUGAAACCAACUAAAAUAGAUAAAAGGGCGUGCCCCCUAGUCAUAGAAAAUGGCUUGUUAAAGUGGCAGAGCCCGGACAUUGCAAAAGACCUAAGCCCUUUCCACGGAGGUUCAAACCCUCCCUUUAACUAUGCUUUCAACACUAGUUACCUCCAUCCUCAACCCCCUAAUCCUAAUCAUCUUUGUUCUUCUAGCCGUUGCUCUUCUCACCCUCGUCGAACGAAAGGUCCUCGGCUAUAUACAACUACGAAAAGGUCCAAACGUUGUAGGCCCCUACGGCCUCCUCCAACCAAUUGCAGACGGCCUAAAACUUUUUUUAAAAGAGCCCGUUCGACCCUCCACCUCUUCCCCCAUCCUUUUUCUUCUAACCCCUAUAUUAGCCCUCACCCUGGCACUUACCCUGUGAACUCCCAUGCCCCUUCCCUUCCCUAUAGCAGACCUCAACCUUGGCAUCCUUUUUCUCCUAGCCCUCUCUAGCCUCGCAGUCUAUUCUAUCCUCGGCUCAGGAUGAGCCUCCAAUUCAAAAUACGCCUUAAUCGGAGCCCUCCGAGCCGUCGCACAAACCAUCUCCUACGAAGUCAGCCUAGGACUAAUUCUUCUAAAUGCUAUUAUUUUUACUGGAGGCUUUACCCUACAAACAUUUAGCGUAGCCCAAGAAAGUGUAUGACUAAUUCUCCCCGCCUGACCGCUAGCCGCUAUAUGAUACAUCUCCACCCUUGCAGAGACAAACCGAGCCCCUUUUGAUCUCACAGAAGGUGAGUCCGAACUCGUCUCUGGCUUUAACGUAGAAUAUGCAGGAGGUCCUUUCGCCCUCUUUUUCCUCGCUGAAUACGCCAACAUUCUCCUGAUAAAUACCCUCUCUGCAACCCUAUUCCUAGGCGCCUCCGUCUUACACAUAGCCCCUGAAAUCACAACAACAAACCUUAUAAUAAAAGCCACCCUUCUCUCCGUACUCUUCCUAUGAGUUCGUGCCUCCUACCCCCGAUUUCGUUAUGAUCAACUCAUGCACCUAAUCUGAAAAAAUUUCUUACCCCUAACCCUUGCCCUAGUGAUUUGACACCUCUCCCUUCCAAUUGCACUGACAGGAUUGCCCCCGCAGCUAUAGACCGGAGCUGUGCCUGAAAUAAAGGACCACUUUGAUAGAGUGAAUCAUGAGGGUUAAAUUCCC